CAGCACCGGCCGCGCCGGCACCCGGAGAUGCCCUGCAUCCAGGCGCAGUACGGCACGGCGGGUGCUGGCCCCUGCGAGCGCUGCCCGGCCGAGCUGCUGAGCCCCGACGGCGGCCGCUUCCCCAUGGAGGUGGCCGGAGCAGACCUGGCGGCGGCGGCCCCCGCUCUCCCCAGCUUCAGCACCUUCAUGGAGGGUUACGCCGGCGAGUUCGACGCCUUCCUCUACCAGCUGCCGGCCGGCAGCCAGCCCGCCGCCACCGCCGCUGCCUUCAAGCUGGAGGACUUCCAGGUGUACGGCUGCUACCCCGGUGCCUUCGGUGGGCAGCCGGACGAGACCCUCUCCUCCAGCGGCUCGGACUGUUACGGCAGCCCCUGCUCCAUCCCCUCGCCCACCACGCCGGGCUUCCAGCCGCCCCAGGCGCCGGGCUGGGAGGGCUCCUUCGGGGCGUACUCGCCCCCACCGAACUAUGACGGCGGGCGGCCCUGGGCCGAGCCGGCCAAGGGUGGUGCAUCACAGCCCCCCUAUUUCGCCUUCGGCCCCCCGGCCCCCAGCCCCAGUGGGUCCCCUGGGACCCUGAAGGGGCAGCCCGGCCUCUCGCCCCGUCUGGACCCACGGCUGCUGGACACAGAUGCUUUCACCCUGGCCCAGGGCUCUCCCGGGGGCUUCGCCGGGCUGCCCCUGCCCCCCACCUCACCGGUGCUGGAGGGGCCGGCGCUGACCCCCACCAAGGCUCGGAGCCCCGGGGCGGGCGAGGGCCGCUGCGCCGUCUGCGGGGACAACGCUUCCUGCCAGCACUACGGCGUGCGCACCUGCGAGGGCUGCAAGGGCUUCUUCAAGCGCACGGUGCAGAAGAACGCCAAGUACAUCUGCUUGGCCAACAAGGACUGCCCCGUGGACAAGCGGCGGAGGAACCGCUGCCAGUUCUGCCGCUUCCAGAAGUGCCUGGCUGUCGGCAUGGUCAAAGAAGUGGUCCGGACUGACAGCCUGAAGGGGCGACGGGGCCGGCUGCCCUCCAAGCCCAAGCAACCACCGGACGUGUCCCCCGUCAGCCUCAUCACCUCCCUGGUGCGGGCGCACAUCGACUCCGUCCCCAGCGCCACCAAGCUCGACUACUCCAAGUUCCAGGAGUCAGCACCAUGCCAGUUUGAGAAGGAGGAUUCGGUGGACGUGCAGCAGUUUUAUGACCUGCUCACUGGCUCCAUGGACGUCAUCCGCAAGUGGGCUGAGAAGAUCCAGGGCUUUGCUGAGCUGCCCAAGGAGGACCAGGACCUGUUGCUGGAGUCUGCCUUCCUCGAGCUCUUCAUCCUGCGCCUGGCAUACCGCUCCAAGCCAGAGGAAGGGAAACUCAUCUUCUGCAACGGGGUGGUGCUGCACCGCCUGCAGUGCGUUCGGGGCUUUGGCGAGUGGAUCGAUGCCAUCCUCGAGUUCUCCCAGAGCCUGCACCGCAUGAGCGUCGACGUCCCCUCCUUUUCCUGCCUCGCUGCCCUCGUCAUCAUCACAGACCGUCACGGGCUGAAGGAGCCGAAGCGCGUGGAGGAGCUGCAGAACCGCAUCGUGGGGUGCCUGAAGGACCAUGUGGCGGCGGCGGGGGCUGAGCCGGGCCGCCCUGGCUGCCUCUCCAAGCUGCUGGGCAAACUGCCCGAGCUGCGCAGCCUCUGCACCCAGGGCCUCCAGCGCAUCUUCUACCUGAAGCUGGAGGACCUGGUACCACCACCCCCCAUCGUCGACAAGAUCUUCAUGGACACGUUGCCCUUCUGACUCCCUGGCGGGAACUUCUGCCGCCCCCGUGGAUGCCUGGGAUCCCCCUCCAGGGACACCUGGGAUCCCUCUCCAGGGAUACCUGGGAACCCCCCCUCCCCUCGCCCAGGGAUGACUGGGUCCCCCCUCAGAUACCUUGGGGACAUCCAGGUCCCCCCAUGUGCCUUCACUGGGCGCAGAUGCACAGCAGCCCCGGUGCCUUGUACCGUGCCCCCGGUGGGGGCAUCGCCGCCGUGGCGACCCCCUUCUCCCCUGUAAAAACACCCCUGAUGUAAAUAGCGAGUGGCCGGACCCUGUACAGAGCUGGGGGGCGCAGGGACAGGGAGGGGGGGGCCCAAACCACACACCCC